GCGAAUCAUAGGUGGCGGAAUCGAGAAUGUUUUGAAUUUUUGGGUGAAUCGAAUAAAUCCGAAAAUAAAUCGAAGAUAAUGGUGCGAAGGUAAACCGAGUGAAGUGAAAUGUUCGAUAGUGUUUAAAGUGGCUCGAAAUGCCGGAAAAGAGCUCGCCGAACGGCGUUUUCAGGGCGUGUUUAUCGAAAGCUCGUACACAGUUUACAAUGGCCGUGUUCGGUUUUGUGUAGUGCACUGCUGCGGACUCGAAGCGAGAAACAGUUGACGUACUGUUCAAGCGUAAAGCGUACAAAGAAUAUCGACGUAUCAGCUCGUGUUAAAAUACUUUUUACCUCCUAUAAAUUACUGUGAAAUUGUGACCGAAAUAUACUGCGAACUGUUCGAAGUUUCUCCGCGGAAAUAUACCUUUGCCAACGAAACAAAUGGAUUUAUAAAUCUACAACGCUGCUGAUGGGCGCGUCAUGACGCGAAAAACAAGAACGAGGAGACCGCGUAUCCAGUCCCUCCAAAGCGGCUACUGUGAAAUCUGCCAUCAACCCUACAACAACUUGGAAGAGCACAUCCAUUCGAAGCGGCAUCAGAAGCUGAUCGGCGAUGACGGCGCCUAUAUUGCCGUCAACGGGUUCCUCAGUCCGCACUCUAACAUCGAAACCUUUCUAAACUUGAACAUAGACACCGCUUUAGAUAAUGGUGCGUUAGACCCGAGCGACAUAUCGCCGAGACCGAGACGCAGAAACAUGCCGCGCACCCGUGCCGCAUCGGUGGUUUGCGAAAGAGUCAAACCGUCCCCGCUAUCGCCCGCCCACAGCGAAAUCAUAGGUCACCAUCACUUGAGGUCCAGAAGGAAUAUAAACUACAUGACUCCUCCGCUGGACGAGGAUAGCUUGCCAGAAUCGGACAAGACGGAUUUUAGCCCCCCUCCCACCCCUGUAGAUCAUGCCCAAAACAGGGAGUUAAGGAGCAGCAGCAGAAUUCUAUCUAAACUGCAAGAGAAUCAAGAAAAAGACGACGUGUGGAGCUCGGGUCGCCCGAAAAGAGCCUGCAUCAACAAAAGACGAAGAACCUCGAUAGACGAACGAUUAUUAGCGGACCACCCCAAAGCCUACUACAAAGUGGAAGUUCUAUCGUCGAAACUGAGAUCCUCGCAAACCAGAGAGUUGGAAGUGUCGAAAGCGCAGUCCCUCGAAGAUAAAGAAAAAGGCCUCAUAGUAAAGUUCAAGAAGCUCCGCAACUCCGAACUGGUGCAACUCAACAAUGAAGCUUCGAAUUUUCUAUUCCCCUCCAAGAAAGAUAACUCCGAAGAGGAGGAUGAGGAGGAGGGGGGCGAUCCAGACGCGGAUUGCGCCAACUCCACCGUCAGCACCACGAAAAACGACAGCACUCUGCUCAUCUCCAGCGAGGAGGACGCAGAGGAGGAGACGACUUCGAUGAAAUUCAAGGUUGAAGAUGAAGCCUCAAUGGACAGCGUGAGCUCGGAAAAACGCAAGAAAAAAAGACGAACGCAUGCCGAAGCGUUCAUCAACGAUAACCACAAGUAUUACAAGUUCGAAAUGCCCGGAUCCAGUUCUUGCAGGUUAAGGUAUCAGGGAAGUUAUCUGCCGCCGUCGGUAGACCCGCCGCUUAAGUCGCCCAAAGGUAACGGGGAUUGCACGCAACCGAAAGUGGAAAAGGAGGAAAAACCCGAAAUCAAGAAACCCAGGCUCAAGUUGGCCGACUACAAGUUCUCAUUUGAGAGGGUUCCUAGGAAUGAACAGUGGUACAGCACUUUUAGAAGGCAGGACACUGGAGAGAUGAGGUUUCCAUACUUUAGCGAUUUUUACUGGGACUCCUUCAUAAUGCCAUACCAAAUGAACUCCAUACAACCGAUGGACCCGAAAAAAUGCAUACAACAUUACGUUCAAGUCAAGAAACUGCUGCAAGACCCUCCAUCGUGUUGCUCUGACGGGUCCACCACACCAGACCAAUCCGUAACAAACUCCACGCCAUCCGAAGAACUGCACGAUGAAGACAGCAAGAUAAGUACAAUCACCACCAGUUCAACGAGCACUUUAACGGAGGAUUCCAGCGAGCCGCUGAUGAAGAGAAACAUGAAGAGGAAGAAAAUGCUGACCAUGUCGCCGAGCUCGAGUAAAAACCCUAGAAAGUCGCCCAGGCAACACGCGUCCACCUUGGCGAUACUGAGCAGCUUGAUACAGCAGAGAAAGCGGAAAUCCCGAAGUUUGGACGACAGCAAAACGAUUCUACCUUGCAUACCUGAAGAGACGAAGGAGGAGGAGCCGCCGAAAGUCGAAGAAAAACUCGAAGAACCAGCUGAACCGGUGAGAAAACGCAAAAUCAUAGUGUGCUCGCGCAAGCCGCGGAAAAUCCUGAAGAGAAAACCGGUGGUGAAAAUCGACUACAAUCUGCUGGCGAACAAAAUCGAGGACGAAAUCAACUCGACGCUGGAAGAGGAGGACAACUUCGAGGAGAUAGAACAACCGGAGGACAGUGUGGACUUCAAGAACAGCACUGUGCAGUUCAGUGAUAUUUUGACGAUGCACGACAAGGCGUUCGCGAAGGAGGACGAAAAAAGCGCCAGACGGUUCUUCAACGGCACGCCUGGUAGAAAACCCGGGCGGAGAAAGAAAAAGAAUAAAACCGGGUGGCCCAACAAAAACAAAAGGUUGUUAAAGAAGGAGCAAGUGGCGAAUCCCGAGAAGGAGGAGGAUAACAGUACAAUAGGCUCUUGCAGCGAGCAAGAAUCCGAAGAAGAGGAAUGUGAGAGGGACUUGCCUACGACUGAUAACGCUAGUAUUAUUAAUGACAAAAAACUCUCGGAGAGUGUGGAGAAAAGUGACAACAGUGUGAGUGAAAAAAAUUGUGAUCAAGAGGCUAAAGUGCUGACAACCAACGCGAAGCAAAACGUCGAGUAUCAUCCGUACGUGUGCGUUCAGAAGUUGAGCAACGAGAAGAUUUUAAAGUCGCGCGUGAACGUGACAACGUCGCCGCCGGCCGCUGCCAACGCGACGGCGAAACAAAGGACGAGCGGACGACGGCAACGCCGCAUGCCCGGUUCGCCCAAGUCGCCGCGCAUGCUCCGCAAGCCGCGCGGACGUUGGUACAGGGAAAGAUAAGAUUUGCUGAAAUGUGCCAUUCCUAAAUAAAUAUAGUUUGUGUACACUCGUCAGGCAAAGUAUUGCAAUUUUUUUUUAUUAAUUGAGUUUUUGACCAUUGAUGUACAAGGAAAUUGUAGAAUUGACUUGAGAGCGGCCAGAUGUACACUUUACUGGGCCAAAAAAAUCGACUAUUUUUUUUUUGUAAAGUAUAUCGAAAAUAUUGUUUGGGGUGACAAAAAAAAAUUAUUGUGAAAGUUUGAGUCCAUAGUUUUUGUCUCCUAACAUUUUUGGCUAAAUUCACUCCGUCAAAAUUAUUCAAGUUAAAGUCAAAACGAAAUUCUUGUUUUUACCGCUGUAGAUUUUUUUUGUCAGUUAAAAACUUGAAUUCUUUUAUCGAUGAUAACCUUUAUGUUAUUGAUAAAAUAACUGAAAAUUAAAAAAAUAUAUAUAACACCUUCGAAUUUUUUCGCUUUAAGAAGCAAUUUUCUUUAGAAAAUAUUAUUUUCACUGUUUUUAUAUAAUACACAUUCAUAAAGAAAAAAUCAAAUUUUCAUCCAAUCAUUUUGUUUUGACUUCAACUUUAACCUUGAAUAACUUAUAAUAAAGUGAAUUAAGUGAAAAUGUUAAGAGUCUUUUUUGUAGAGCAUUUGAUUUGCCAUAAGAAUAUUUAUCGUUUUUCAGGUACUGAAUUUUACAUGAAUUACAAAAUUCCAAAGUUAAAAGAUCAAAUUGUAAACCUACACCAAUUUUUAAGGCAUGAUUUUAAGGAAACGGUUCAUCUGACGGAAAAUUUCAUUUAGGCCUUUUUUGUAGAGCAUUCAAUUUCCUUAAAAAAAUAUCAAUGAGUCAGUUUUGUUAAACUCAAUGGUUUGGGAGUUCUGAGACAAAAACUCGCAAAGGAAAGUUUUUUUUAAAUUGCCAUGAUAGACCUCUUAAUAUUAAUAUUAUGGACUCAAACUUUCACAAUAAAUUUUUUUGGCCCAGUACAGUGUACAGUAGGGCGAAAUAUGAAUAUUUUUUAAAUUGAAAAUGCCUGUAUAUAGAAAACUUGUGUAUGAUAAAAAUAAAUAUUUUGAACAAAAAUAUAUUUUUAAUUCUUUCCACUGCUCCAGAGCUAUCCUAAAUAUAAAAAUUAUAAAAUUUAGAGGGUAAAAACAGUUAAUUUUUUUUAGCCAAGAUGUUUUUAGGGCAUAACUAACUUCUCCAAAAUUGGGCAAAUUGAUUUUCAAAAAAAAAAACAAGCUAAAUGGUACUUUGUAAAAGUUAAUUAUGCUAAAAAUAACUUCUUGGCUCAAAAACUUUUCCACCUCCGUCUGAAUAUUAUAAUUUUUAUGAUUAAGAUGGCUUUGGGGCGGUAGAAGGAAAUUUAAAAAAAUUAAAAUAAAAAAUAUAUUUAUUUUUACCAUACAUAAGUAUUCUAUAUACAGGCGUUUUCAAUUUUAAAAAUAUUCAUAUUUCGCACCACCCUAAUGUACAGGGUGAUCCCCUAAAAUGCCGCCCCAUUUUAACUUUUUUAUUUUAAGUGUCCCAAAAAAUUUUAAAGUGUGGUACUGAAAAAUUAUUUUUUUCUACCUAUAGAAAAAAUUGGAAAAUUGAUCAGUAUGGGGCCGUUCAUUAAUUACGUGAGGUGUUUAGGGGGGGAGGGGGUCGAGCCAAACCUCACCAAAUCUUACGUGGGGGGGAGGGGGGCUCUCGGCAAAUAUCACGUAAUUUUUUUUUCCGAAAGAAAGAGUGUAAAAUUGCGAGAAAACCGGGUUAAAUUAAGUAAACAAUUAUAAGCAAAUUGUUUUUUUAAAUAAAUCUAAUGGAAUCAAGCACAGAUUAACUUAUUUACAUUAAAACCAUGCAUUUUAAAAAAUCUCACGUGAGAUUAAGGGGGGGGAGAGGGGGUCGAGCAAAAUCUCACGACAUCUCACCAAGGGGAGGGGGGGGGUCGAAAAAUCGCCAAAAUUGUCUCACGUAAUUAAUGAACGGCCCCUAUUCAGGGAAAAACAAAGAGUUUUUUUCUCAAUGUUAAAUUCUAAGCAUAAUUCAUAUAACAUACCAUAUACCAAAAUUUAUUCCCAUUUUUUUUAUACUUAGAAAAAAAGUACCUACAUAACCACAUUUUUAAAUUUAUGGGACACUUAAAAUAAAAAAUUUAAAGGGGGGCGACAUUAUAGGGGAUCACCCUGUACAAGGAAAUUGUAAAAUUGACUUAACAAAGGAAAAUGUAAUUUUGCUAAAAACAAAAAAAAGGUGGAAAAUAAGUCCUGUAAAGUAAACUUUGCCUGAUAAAAACUUAUUAUUAAACAUUUGAAUUAAAAAUAUGCAAUACUUUUGUUCAUGAUUACAGGGGUGUUCAAAAAUAGCCUGAAAAAUAUUAAUUUUUUUAGAAAAAAAUUCCUAUAAAUCUUGACAAAGAUUCCUAAAAAUAAAUAUGCCAACAACUUAAAAAAAAAAUCUAAAAUCAUACUUUUAACCCAAAAGUUUUUUUCAUUUUAUGUUUCUAGGAGUUUAAAUGAUCAUUUUGAGCCCAAAAUUGAAAUAGGUUAUUCCUUCAAGGAAAUUUGAUUGGAUUUUUUUUACAUACCUAUUUUUGAUUUUUUUUUUUGUUCCUACAAAAAAUUUUUGCAAGUUAAAAAAAACACAUUUUGAACAAAAAUUAUUAACCCUGAUAAAUUAACUUUUUUAUAAAAAACAAUUUUUUUUUGAAAUUAUUAUUAAAUUAAUAUACUACAAUUUUUAGACCCCUGUAGGGCAUUUUUUUUAAAUCAAAUUUCCUCAACGUACUUUUGGGUUAAACGUAUUUUCAAAUAGUUUUGUUCGUUUUUAAAUCAUUAUAAAAUAUGAUGAAUAAAUGUCACCAAAAUUGUUUUUGCAUACAGAUUUAUGGAACUUAAUUUCAUAAAAUACAUUUUACACGUUAUUUUUGGAAAUUCCCUUUGCGCGAAAGUGCCCCACACUACAAGGGCUAACUUCGUUGCCAUGGUUACCGAUUGUUAAUUGCUUCAAUGACGUCAUCAGCCGAUCGGAGAUACGACACAAGGUAGGCGAGCGUGCGAUGUUGCCGGGUCGAUAAAGUUUGUUUGAAUUCAGGGAUAAGUAUUUUUUGUUUUAGAAAAUUAAAUUGAAUUUUUAUUCCUUUGGUGGCGAAGUUAGCCUGAAACAAGUUUUUUACACGUUUUUUUGUUAUACAAAUAUGAUUGUUGCUCUCAUUUUUACCGGGAAAUGUGUUAGUGAAUGGCCCUCUAGUUGUAUUAUUUAUUUUGUGUUAAAUCUCUUGGGAGAUCUAUUUGAAUAUUUUGUACCAAAACUUAUAUAUUUUAAUUUUAUAUUAAUAUCACUAUUAUUUUGUAUUAAAAAGGAUUACAUAACGCCGUGAUUCGUUAGAGACUAUUUUUCAAUUUGUAUAUAUUAAUAAUUAUGUAAUAUUUUAUAGGAUUCGCGGUGUUAUUUAUCCCAUAGAAGAGAGAAUAUUUGUUCAAGAACAAACAAUUUUUUUAAUAAAAUCGUUAUCUAAUAAUUCAGCACUUUAUUUCUUAAAAUAAAUAAACUUAACAAUAUUAAACAAAAAACUUAUUCAACAAGUUUUGGGUGAAACAAUUUUACCCUUGUAACGCGAAAGAAAACAAUAUAUCUUCAAUCUUUCAGGUAAAUCCAUGCUGCUAGCUAUUUUUGCCUCUUUAAUAGAAUAAUCAAGACGCUUUGUGAACACCUUAUUAUAUUUGGAUUUUGGGGUAAGAUUUAGGAUGUUUGCCUUUAUAUCUUUUGGUUUUACCCAAGCCCUGGUUACACAGGCCGAAUCAAAAAAGGUAACAUGAUACCAAGUCUAAAAACACCCAAACAACAUGUUAUGAGUAGCUUAUAUUAAGAAAAAACAAACUUACCGGUAUAUUGAUGCCUUCUUCAAUCCAAUAAUAACUUUUGAAAUCUGGGUCUUCAUCAACCAUUGCAGGCCACCAUGGGAAUCCAUCUAUUCUAGCCCAAACAAUACUUCCAGCAUUGUACAAACUGUGGAUGUUUGUGGUGGCAUAAGGUGGUUCUGCAACUUUUUUUAUGUUGAGAGUUCCAGAGUUUUUUUAUUUUUACAGUAGGCCACUGACAAUAAAUCUACUUUACGGGUUUUUAUUUUAAUGUUUUG